AUGGAAGAUUCAGACAAUGAAAGCAACAUAUCGGCUGACUCACUCCAAUAUGAGGCUGGAGCAGUAACUGAGAAGGAUGUUGCAAAAGGCUUGACGAACAGAGGCUACUCUGCCAGCGGCACUGAACUGGUAUAUUUGGAUCUUAACCUAGUCAACAAGAAUUUAACAAACAUAACAUUGCUUGAGAACUACGAGUUUAUCCAACAUCUAGAUGUGUCAAAUAAUAAGCUGACCAACAUUGAUGUGAUAACAAAACUCAAAUACUUGCUGAGUCUCAGUGCUUCUAAUAAUCUGCUGACUGCUGUUCCGCCUUUGUCUCUACCGCUAAAUCUACUGUCUGCUGACUUCUCUCACAAUAACAUAAAUGAUACAAGUAAAUUGGGAGAAGUAAAGAGCCUGUUAAACCUCAAUCUGGACCACAACGAGAUAACAAAUAUCUACGGUUUAGAAGGUUGCUCCAGUCUAAAGGAACUGAGUUUGAAUAACAACAGGAUAACAGAGAUACGAGGACUAGAGUAUCUCUACCUACAUGUGUUACACUUGAAUAACAAUAAUAUUAGCAAGAUAAGUGGACUGGAAGAGUUUGGGAAGCUCCAGACUCUCCAUCUUGCUAACAACAACAUCAGGUCUCUUCGUGGAUUACAAGGCAAAAUGGUCCUCUCAGAGUUACGCCUUGAAGGAAACGACAUCAUUGACCUCCUUGAGAUCAAACAGUUACAAAAUCUUCCAUUACUGAGGAGACUGACCUUGAUGUCCAACCCCCUGACCUCACUUCCUGAUUAUAGAGCACAUCUCCUAUUCUAUCUCAAUCACCUCUCUCAUUUGGACGAAGUAAAGAUUUUACCAGAAGAAAAGAUUGCUGCUCUCAACCAAUUUGAUCCUCCUCUUGAAGUAAUCGCAGCUCAGAAUCACACUAUGCAUAUUGUUAAGAACCUGAUUCAUCCCAUCCAUAUCAAACCUAGUGUCAUGAGUGACAUGAGCUCUGUGUAUCCCAUUCUGGUGCUAACUGGUCCAAACGGUAGUGGCAAGUACAAACUCGCACAGAAACUUGUUAAAAAUACUACCAACGCAUUUAGACUAAUCAGACUGUUCUCAACAAAGAAGGUCUCAGAUAACAAAACUGUUAUUCCAGUGUCGCUCGAAGAGUUUGAGGGGUUGAUUGAGGAAGGAAAAUUAAUUGUUUCCUACGAAGUUGGUGGAGCAAUGUAUGGUUUGAAUGGACAGGACUUAGAGGACGCUGCUCAUGAUGGAGUAGCCAGUGUUGUAUGCAUGGAGCUAGAAGGUGUUUUAUCUCUAAAACGUACUGCUUACCAAGCUAGAAUUGUCCUCAUUUCACCGAUGGAUAGUGUAAAGCAUGAGACAAGAAUGCGAGAACGGGGAAGAUACACUGAACCUCUGAUAUCUCUCGCGCUGAAGCGUACUGAAAUGUACAACAAGUACCACGCAGAUAACCACGGAGUCUGUGAUCUGGCCAUCAACUCAUCUGAUCUGGAGCAAGCUUUUGUAAAGUUGAAGCAGCUGGUUGAAUACUAUUCUGGACAAAGAUCUGGUGUUGGACCAGGCCAGGGUGAAAUCAUCAAGUCAGCUCCCGAACUCGGUCUGCGUCAAUGGAGCUGUGGUUCAUCGUCCACAUUUGAUAAUCAACACAACUUCCCACGAAAGGAAGCUGUUGUAAAAAGCGCAGUAAAAGGUUUGGCCCACCCAGUGACUCCAGAAAGGAGAGGUCCCUCUCGCAGCUCUACUUCCUAUGUUUACCCUGACACUGGAGACUUGUCCAUGUUGAGCAACACUGAGUUCUCAUCAUCUACUGAACUUACUGCAACGGCACAUUCUUUAGUGCAGCUGAAAAACAUUACAAUUCCACCUCUUACUCAUCGAACCAUGUGAAAAGUUAAUUAUUUGUUAUUCAAUAUUGUCAGAAUAUAUUUAUAAAUCCUGUAAAUAGUUGUUUGUCAAAUUUAAAAUGGCAUGUUCCUUAGCAGACGUUGAAUGGAGAGACAAAGUUUUUGCAAUUGAUUGAGUCGCUUCAAUAACUCAUAAAAGUUACUGAGUGAGCUUAUAUCACAAUGAAUAUUGGUCAUUGGAUUUGAAAACCUUUUAACCUAUCAUUUUCUGUGAAUUUUAGAA